AUGAAUGCAAGUGAUGUAAUUUCACAUAAUGAAGCAAAUGGGCCAUCGACGUCAAAACAAUCACCGACAGCAGCAGAUGAGGUAGACUAUAUAUUGGGUGAGGAUUUUCAACUUGAUGCUAAACAUUUAAAUCGUGUUCAUGAAGAAUUGGAAAAAUUAAAUAUUGCAACAGAUGUAAUCAAUAAAUUGGAAUUACAACUUGAUGAAGCAAGAGCUACUUUCAGGAUUUUAGGUAUUAUUUUUGCUUCCAGGAAAAUUCAAGCAUCCUGGUCUCAAAAAUUGGACGAGUUAAGUCGUAAAUAUGGUUCAGCAAUUGCAAAAGGUCGACCUUAUUAUGAAGCAAAACUUAAGGAGAGACGGUUACGUGAGGAAGCGCAAAACGCUGCGAUACGUUUCGAGCGCGCCAAUUCGAUGCAUGCAGUAGCAAAGCAACAAGUGAAAUUAACACAGGACAGUUUAAAUCGGCAACGAACUAUCGAACCAGAAUGCUUAGAGGUGUUGAAUCAUCAUAUUCAACGUGUAAAUGAAGCGGAACAAGAACGUGUAGUAGCUGAAGAGGUACAUCGCUCAAUUUCUGAGUGCAUGGCACAGUUGUCGAAGGAAAUUGCACAGAUGCUAGAAGGAAACGCUCGGUCUAUUAAGAAAAGCCGACAUUAUUUCGAGCAACGCAUCGAAUUUACAAGAAUUUUGGAGCAUCAGAAAAAUCUUAUUCUGAAACUUGAAUCUGAGGUGCGUCAGAAAAAAUACGAUUAUACAUCUUCGUUGAGAAAUUUGGAGCAGAUAUCAGAUGCUAUACAUGAAGAGCGAAGUUUGUCAAGUGUAAGACGUGAACCUGGCGUUGGUUGCGAAUCACCUGACUUGCCAGCUUGUGAAGUAGCACUUAGUAAAGAGAAAGCACAACGUCGAAUUGAAGAGGAGGAAGAAAGAAGACGCAAAGCGGAUGUAGCAAAUGCUGUUAUCCUCGAGGGGAUUGAAAUAGCUCUUGAUCAGCUUACUUUGGAUUGCGACAAAGCAAUCGACCCUACUUUGUUUGAUGAUUCACCUGAAGGAGUAGACUCAGGGGCAGUUAAAGAUGGAACUCUUGGUUCUGGUGUUAUAUUACUUGCGCAACAGUUGAUUCUUAGCCAGGGUAAAUCGAAAAAAAACAAUAAAAGCAUUAGGUUGUCAGCAGAUUUGACUGAUUUUCGAUAUCGCACCGAAUUGCCCGAGGGUGCUGCAGCAGUAACUGUUUCUUUGCCUGAUGGUAAUGAUAGUGAUAGCUCAUUGGAAAGUAAUCAUACGGGAGUAACGAUGAACACGGAUGAUUUAUCAGGAAUGCUUCGAAGCCAUUCUCAAAUAAUUGAAGAAAUUGAUGAAUGUGCUCAACGUACCGAAACCAUAUUGCAUAAUAAUUUGAACGUUAUUCAUAGAAAUGGAAAUGAUGAUGUAGAGCGUGAUAGCGGUCAUAGUUCAUCGAGUUACUAG